CGCAAAUCAAUGAAGUUGUAGUAAGGUGGUUGUAAAAUAGUGUACAGUGCGUAAAUGCGUUGUUAUAAAUGAAUUGCAGUGCUUCUGUGAGGCAUGGGGAAAGAUCAGGAAUUACUGGAGGCUGCACGUAAAGGCAAUGUGGCCGUCGUGGAGAAAAUACUGGGACAGAGGGCCAAAAGGAGUGGCCCACUUGCAAGCCUACGAAGAGGCCCUGGGGCAAACGUCCAGGAUAGCAGCGGGUAUUCCUCCUUACACCACGCCGCGUUAAAUGGCCAUUCAGAUAUAGUUAAACUUCUUUUGGAACACGAUGCGUCCACGAAUAUUGUGGACGGAAAGGGAUCUUCGCCGCUACAUUUGGCAGCUUGGUCCGGCAAUGUUGCCAUUGUUAAGCACUUACUUUCCGGACCGUCUAUAUGCAAUGUUAACUUAUCGACCAAAGACGACGAGACAGCGCUCCAUUGCGCGGCCCAGUACGGGCACACGGAAGUGGUUUCUGUCCUGCUGGAACACGCCUGCGAUCCGGGGAUAAGAAAUUGUCGCGGCGAAACAGCCUUGGAAUUGGCAGCACAGUAUGGAAGAUUGGAAACGGUGGAACUGCUGGUCAGGACUGAUCCAUCUUUGAUGUCGAUUUUAAAAAGAACCGCACCUGACACCAUUUUUCCACACACGCCUCUGCAUUUGGCCAGCAGGAAUGGACACAAGAGCGUCGUUGAGGUGCUUCUUAGUGCCGGUUUCAACGUGAACAUGAAAACAAAAGCGGGCACCGCUCUGCACGAAGCCGCUCUGUGCGGGAAAGUGGAAGUGGUGCGGACUCUUUUGGAGCACGGAGUGAAUACCUCCAUAAGAGAUUCAAACAAUUUCACCGUCAUGGACUUGCUGAGCCAGUUCAACACUGCGCAGGCAUCGCAGGAGAUCAUUAAUCUACUCAAACGUUACAAAAAAGGUCUUCCAAUCGGAGACAGCGACGCGGAUAGCGUCAGCCAGCCGUUUCCCACUUUCACGCAUACGGAUUCGGAUCUGGGAAGUCCCUACGAAAACGUGAGACCGUGCUCGAAAAACGCCCGUAGCGUGGUCUCGGAACUUUCGCCCGGCACUUCGCCGCAACGAUGGGACUUCCAACGACACGCCAGACCUCCCGAGCAAUUCGAUGAUAGACGGGUUUCUGGAGUCUCUGGAAUAUCCAUCAUGAAACGCACUAUACCAAAAAACGGCACCCAAUCACCUGAGAGCAGCUAUGUGGAAAUGAAAUUUCCAACGCGCAAUACCAAAUCCUACCAAAGCUUACCGAUCCUAAAACGGAAACCGCGUACCCGUAGUAACCCGACGGUGCCGCUAGAUGGCAUCACGUUUGCUUUUUCGGAAUCUUUGGAAAACAGAAAAAACAGCACUUGUUCAAAUUCGUCCUAUUACACAGCUUUAGAUACUAUGUCCCUGAGAGGUUCCCAGUCUUCAAGGGAAAGUGAUAACAGUCUCUACCACAUUCCCUGCGUGCCAAAAGCUUUUAUGGAUAGCGUUCACUCCGAGGACCUAAAUUAUCUUUGCACUAGUAGAGAGUCCGACCAGAUCAGUUUGUCUUCGACUGCUAGCAGCUGCGGCUAUCCUAGAAGACCUGAUAGCGGGGGAGUACCUUUAUACAUACCAAUGAACAAUUCCAGGGGUGGGCAUAGUCCUGGAUCCAACAGCAAGGUUUCGCCAACACCUCCUAAAAAACCUCCGAGGAGGAACAUAUCGAUCUCUCCCACUCACAUACAACACAUGUCGAUGUCGGUCGACGGUGUUGCCAAUAACGCGUACGAGUACGUGUAUCUGGCAACAACGGGGACGAGAAGUCAGGGUAACUUGAUGGAGAUGGAGCCGGAGCCGGCUAGACGCGAGAGGUUAGCCCACGGAAGAUCCAUGGAUCAGUACGUGGAGAUGAACGUUUUCAACAUCGCGUUGGACGAAGAGGAGCAUGUUUUGGUUAAAGGCAACAAAGAGUUGCAGAGGGGUAAAAGCGAGGAUUUGGAUUGCAGAAAGCGACCCGAACCCAUCGCAAUAACCUCCACCUAUCAAAACACUGUAAUAAAACAGCAAAACCCAAGACGGAGACUGAGAAGAAACCUGGAUUACGAGGAUUACGACUUCAAGAAGACUUCGUCGUCUGCACCGGAAACCACGUUCGUUUCUUCGGCGUACAUCAUGGUGUCGGACGAUUCGGAAAGAGAAACCAAGACUACCAACCGCAAAAAGCUAAACCCGCUGAGUCCCACGCACUACAACCAACCCCCCACCCCGGAUCACCCCCCGCCCAACGCGAUGCAAGCCGAGAGUUUCAUACACGAAAAAAUACGACCGUUAAGUCAGGAAUACAAGCGAAGAUCUCGCGACAUAGAGACCGAGACAGAUGAAGAAUACCUCCUCGUCUGCGACGAGUCUAGCAGCUUCUCGAGCAGCGUAUCUCUCUCCGAUCGAAGCACCGACAACAUUAUAGAAGAUUACCACUCGGAUGCGCCCUUCGCAGGUUUGUAUUGUAGAAAGAAAAGAAUUUGGGUCAAACUCAAACUUCUAGGUCUUCUAAAAGGCUCGGCCCGGGUACUGGAGAACAUUAACUCCAAUACGCCGGCUCAGCGGCCAAAAACCUUAAAGAAACUUAAACGCGUCUACGAUAACGGCGACGCUUCGUCCAAGAGCGAUAACGAGAAAUCGUCGAGUUCCGAGAAAGAAUCGGAAAACAAGGAGAACAAAGACAGAAUGUCGGCUUUGAGUCCUUUUGACGAACAAGAGGAAUGGGCCAAGAUUCAAGAAAUUAUGGCCUCGUUUGGUACCGGAAUCGUAAGAGAGUCGGUCUUUGUGGCAGAGCUGGAGAAAGAGUUCCAGAGCAGGUUGAUGACCAUAAGUUGCUCACAAAAUAGUUUAUCCUCCGAUGCCAAAUCACCAUCAGUGGAAAAGUGGUUGCAAGGCUUGGAAAUGGGCGAUUAUGUCAGCCUGUUUGUCACUAGUGGGUUCGAUGACAUAAACUUUUUGAAUGGAGUUAUUGAGGAUUCGGACCUACGAGACAUGGGCAUCACAAGUGAAACCGAAAGACAUCAGCUCAUAGAAGCCAUCAAAAAGCUACCCUUAAAAAUCAAUGACCAAAACGGCAACUGCGUGAAUAGCACGGUCAAAAAGUGGUUGAAACGCAUUAAUCUGGAACAGUACUGCGAAACUUUUGACAAGCAUUUAUACCACGAUAUGGAACGCAUAAAAAGAAUAUGGGAUGUCGAGUUGUCAGCUGUUUUGGAUAUCGAUAAAGUUGGACAUAGAAAGAGAAUUUUGGCGAGCGUUAGUAGCGGGGAACAUGUUUCAACAGGACCAAAACUAGAAGAAAUUAGCUCAGAUCUCACGUUUUUAAAGGCCAAUCGACCAGCCAAUGAGAUGCCUUCACCGUCAUCUAGAUCGGUAAAUAGCCUUACAGGGACCAUACGUCAUAGACAUAAAAAGUCCAGACCGGCUCCGCAACCCCCGGUCAGACAGGAGGAACCCAAAAAAAAUCCGGGGGAAAUUUUCGUGGGGGGGAAUAAUUCCAUUAGAUCCCAAUGGAGGCAUCAACCUAUUUUGCUUAUUACAGGUUGUGCCAAAUAUAACGCUAUGUAUCUGGGGUCUACUUCAGUGGUUGACUUUAAAGGUAUUGAAAGUAGUAAAAAGUCUAUGCAAAAAGUUUUAAAGAAUAAAGAAAGAUCCAGUGAGGAGGUUUGUCUUUCGAUUUCGUACAAAGGGGUUAAAUUUGUUAGCCCCAAUACACAGCAAAUUAUUUGCGACCACGAUAUUAAAAACAUGAAUUGCGCAUGCCAGGAUAUGGAUAAUCAAAACAUUUUCGCUUACAUAACUACAGACUCCGAGUUGUAUUAUUGUCAUGUUUUUGAAGCUUCAUCCCCAGAGCAAGGAACUGACAUAAUCCUAACGCUCGGUCAAGCUUUCGAGUUGGCUUACCAGAUGGCGCUGAGAGACCAAGUGACGAGCAAAACGAAGCAAAAAACCGAGAACAAACCUCCGGUCAGCCCGGGCUCGGUUUCGUCGCACAGCAAGGAUACCAGAACGGCCGAUUUCAAGUUGAACGGACAUCCGUUGAAGAUGAAACCGUUGACGUUGUCGAUAGCAGCCGAACCGUUCUGCGACAACCAGGUGCAAAAAACUCCGACAAAGAUGCACUUGAGUGACGCGUAAGUUUUCUGUUCAAAUUUUUCAUCGAUAAUGAUUGGCUUUGUUUUAAGCGGUUGUUUAAGUGACUUUUAAGUACCAGAUGGUCCAAAUUAUUCUUCAUUCUGGAAUGAAAUAUAAUAUUUAUCACUUGUCUGUCAUUUCGACUUCUUUCCAAGAUUAUCCAGAGAAUAAAGUCGAAAGGGCUUAAAUCUGGCCAAUUUGGUUUCCCAAUCACAUGUUCUUGAUGUGUGACAACUCUGUAUUAUAGGAGAAAAUUGGAUGUUUUUAUUUCAGGAUUUGUCAGCAGUUAAUAUCUAAUGAAGCAAAUUGUAUUGAUGUUUUAUUAAUUAAAAACAAAAUCCAAAUUUUAAUUGCAAAUAUUGUUUUUCAAAAUAUUCUUCAUGCAGAUUAUGUCGUCCAUUAUUUACAUUAGCAACUUCGCAAACUAAAAGUUACUUAAACCAAAUGUCUCAUUCCUUUUAAUUAUUUUAUUGGUUUAAACAUAUCAUAACCUUUGUUACAUUCCUCCAAGUAUACCUACAAUCCAACAUACUUUUUCAAUAAUAUAUAAUUAUUAUCAGUGUUGCACUAUAUUAAAAUCAUUUUGGUUGUGAGUUAAUUAAGGGCUGCUUAACAUCGAUGCGCAGUAAUAUACAUUUUACUGUCACUUACUGCGCAUCAAUUGUUUGCGCAUGCUCUAUUCGCUUUAAAUGUCAUUUAACUACUAUACUUGAUGUUUUUGUGUAAUAAAUUGAAUACAAGCGUGCUUCCUUUGUAUUUUGAAGAGUACACCACAUGUUUGGUACUUUUGUACUGAUGAGCACUGCCAUAUAAUUAACAUAUACAUACAUAUUUAUUAAAACAUCAUACUUGUUUUUUCUAUAUCAUAUUCAUUAUAAACAUAUUGAUAAAAACAAUUAGCUAUAAAUAUACGUGUAAAUAUUCUAUAUAAAUGUUUUAAGUGUUGCCAAAAUUU